UCUGACCUCGAAACGAUUAGUUAUGGCUAUCAACCAUAAAAAAUACUAAAAGCAUCUCGAAUCAUAAGACUCUAUUAUUGAGUGUUGAAAUCUGAAGAUAAUUGUGCCUAGUUUGCAGUAAAAAGUGGCAAUAAAAUUUCUUGACUUAGCUGCAAUGCUCAAUAAACCAUACUCUGGUUCUUAAAAUUCUACUGAUCAUGGUCAUUUUUAAUACUUUUUAUAUUUCUGUGCAACAACUGAGCUCUAUUUUCUUUAUUGUUAGUUUAUUUGCCAGAACUUUAAAUGAUACCAUGGCUUAUGAAUUUGGCUUUUCAGAAUCUUUCAUUGUCUUUUAGAAUGUCUCGAAAUAGCUAUGUGAGAAUUCUUAGUAAUUCAAGAGUAGAGUGAGGAGCUUAUUGCACCACAAAAGUAAGAACUUUUGCUCUAUCUUUAAUCUGAAUGCAAACCUAGUUUUGAUAAAACAUAA